AUGAUUGUUAAAGUUUUUGAUUAUAUAUAUAUUAGUAAUGUAUAUAAUGCGAAUAAUAUUUAUGAACUCAUAAAAUUAAAUAUCGGAGGAGUGUUAACAUGUUUUGAUUGUACAUGUAUUGAAUGGUGUCAACAUAAUGAUAUAAACGUGACGAAUAAAAUUUUUUAUAAAGAUAUAUUUGUUAACACAAAAAAAGAUUUAAUAAAAUGUGAUCAUAUAAAUGAGCAACGUAAAGAACAUUAUGAUUAUAUUAUUUUUCCUAGUGAUAUUAUAAAUAAUAGUAAUUGUAAUAAUAAUAAUUUAAAGGAUUAUAUAAAAUCUAUGUUAAUAUUAAAAGAAGAUGCCUACAUAGAUUUUGAUACAAUUCAUAUGGACGAACUAAAAAAUAAUAACAACAAUAAUAAUAAUAAUAAUAAUAAUAAUAAUAAUAAUAAUAAUAAUAAUAAUAGUAACAACAAUAAUAAUAACAACAAUAAUAAUAAUAGUAACAAUAGUAACAAUAAUAAUAAUUAUUAUUGUACAUUUAAAAAUCCAGAUAUAUCGAAUACUUCUCAACAUGAUGUAGAACAGAUUCAAAUCCAUAAAAGUAAUAGUCAUUCCAACAUACCCUCUGACAAUAUAAAUUUUUGUAAUAAAAAAUUUGAUAAGAAUCUAUCAAGAAGUGUCGAGAUAUCAGAAGAAGAUAAGCACCCAGAAAAUAGUCUUCUGUACGAAUUUGUAAAUAAAGACAAAUUAAAUUAUAAAAUAAAUCAAGAAGAAGAUACAGUAUCUAGUGAAAAAAAUAAAUUAUGUGAUAAUAAUAUAGUACAUACAAGUCCUAUAUAUAAUGUGUGUGAGCUAAAUAAAUGUUUAAGAGAAAAUAAAUUAAUUCCUUAUAAUAAUAUUUAUAAAAUGAAACAUUUAUAUUUAAAUAUAUUAGAUACAUUUGAUGAAAAUAUUCUUAACCAUGUAAAUAAUGCACAUUCAUUUAUUGACAGUGUUAUUCAAGAAAAAAAAAAUAUAUUAAUACAUUGUAUGGCUGGAAUAUCAAGAUGUUCAUCUAUUAUUUUAUCUUAUGUAUCAAAAAAAAACAAAAAAGGAAUAGAAUACAAUUUUAAUUUAUUAAAAAGUAGAUACCCAUUUGCUCAUCCCAAUGAAAACUUUUAUCGUCAACUCUUACUCUAUGAAAAAAUGAAUUAUACUCUAGAUGGCUGCACUGAUUAUCACAACAUUUAUAAAAAAAUUAAAAUGAACAGGGAAAACUUAGAGGAUUUAAAAAUUCUUAAUUUAAAAAAUGAUAAACAACCAAUAUAUAAUUUCCGAUGCAAACAUUGUAAUUAUGUCCUCUUCAACGACAACGAAAUUAUAAAACACGAUUUUAAAAUAUCUAAAAUAAAAAAAAAUUAUGGAAAUUCUUGCACAAGUAUAUUCAUAGAAAAAAAAGAAUGGAUAUUGACAGAGAAUAAAAUGAAAGGAGUUUUAAAUUGUCCCAAUGUAAAUUGUAACAUAAAAUUAGGAAAAUGGUCUUGGACUGGUAUAUGUUGUUCAUGUGGAUAUUUGCAGAUUCCGGCAUUUAUGAUAAACUCAUCAAAUGUUGAUCGCAUGAAUAUUUCCAAAACCGUGUAA